UCUUAUUUAUAGUUAAACAACAUGAUCCGCUUCUACACAAGUUUGGAGCUUUCAAUGACCUGAAAAGGUCAGCUUGAAGGGGAGUAUUGAGUCUAUUGACCCACACCAUUCCAACUAUCACUCCAUGUCACCUCAUCAAGUCCACUUGUCAUUUAUUUACUUGCUUUUUUGUCCAUUAUUGUAUUUGUGUUAUGUGUUACUAUUCCUGGUAUAAGAUGAGAUAGGUUGUUAGAAUUUAAGGAUAUUACCUUGCAUGUGCUUUCAUACCUGAUCAUAUGCUUAUAAUGGGUUGCAGUGGCAAUACUUUAUUUUGAAUGGUGGAGACAAGAUUUGUUAGGCACGGAGCUGCACUAUCUUCUCCACAUUUCCUGCAUCUUAGAUCUUGCACUCAUCUAGAUUUAAUCAACAACAAUUUUUUCUCAUUAUGUUCUAUUUCGUUUUCUAUAGUUUUUAAUGGCUGACCUCGAAGAUCAACUCGUCCAUGCUAGACCAAUUGCACGGAACCAUGGUCUUCGCUUAUGGUUUCAUAUUGAUGCAUCAGGGAACUCCGAAUUGAUCGAGAUUGAUAAGUUAACAAUGAUGCGUCGGUGUGAUCUUGCUGCAUGUGAUGUACGCUUGCUUGAUCCGUUAUUUGUUUAUCCCUCAAGAAUUCUUCAAAGAAAGAAUGCAAUAGUUUUGAACAUGGAGCAGAUUCGAUGUAUUAUUACAGCUGACGAGGUUUUUCUCUUGAAUCCUCUAAAGAGCGACGUAGUGCAGUGUGUGGAGGAGCUAAGAAGACGAUUAACAACUGCUGGAGCAGGGGACUUCUUGCAGCCAGAAGGUGCUGAGUUACGCAAAAGAAGAGGAAGGCUAUUUAGUAAUAUUUUUGACAACUCAACUGAUUUACCCUUUGAAUUUAAGGCGUUUGAAGUAGCCUUAGAAGCUGUUUGUACAUUAUUGGAUAGUCAGACAAUAGAAUUGGAGAUGCACAUCUAUCCCCUGCUAGACGAAUUGACGUCAAGGAUUAGUACCUCGAACUUGGACAGAGUUCGUCGGUCAAAAAGAAGUCUUGUUGCAUUGACACGAAGAGUUCAGAAGGUUAGAGACGAGAUAGAGCAGCUACUGGACGAUGAUGGAGAUAUGGCUGAAAUGUAUCUCACUGAAAAGAAGAGCAGAAUGGAGUCGGCUGCAUUCUUUGAUGAUCAAUCUAUGUCAAGAUCCGGAUCCAAUGAUGUCACGCAAUCAGCUUCUGCUCCUAUUAGUCCUGUUUCUUCACCCCCUAAGAGGAGGCCUGAAAAAUCUUUUAGCAUAGCCAAAAGUAGGCAUGAGAGCAUAACUAGUGCAAGCGAGAGUGUAGUAGAGCUGGAGAUGUUGUUGGAGGCUUAUUUUGUCGACAUUGAUAGCACCCUUAACAAGCUGAAAGUGAUGAAGGAGUAUAUUGAUGACACUGAAGAGUUUCUGGACUUUAAGCUGGAUAAUAUACGAAACCGGCUUAUAAUGUUUGAGGUUUUACUCGCUACAGCUGCAUUCAUUGUUGCCGUCUUUGGUGUGUCAUCGGAUUUUGAAACAUAUAUGUUCCAGUAUUCAAAAUUCAAGUGGAUCCUGAUAGGUACCGGAAUCAUGGGGUUUUUCAUAUUUUCCAGUGUUUUAUGGUACUUUAGAAUUAGAAAGCCGUUCUGGAUGACAUGAGGGGAAGAAACAACAUGGAUUCUUGUGAUGUGGUUAUGCCCCAAAUUCCCAGUCUGUCCCAAAUCUAGUUCCUCAACACAGUUGGUUAAAUAUGGUUUACCAGUAUUUUAAAGUAUUUUUUUUCAUUCAUGAAAUCCGAGGGUAUUCGAUUGAGAUUGUUUGAAAUCUAUUAAAA